UCCCAAGCUUGUAAGAGACCUGCAAGGAUCAUGGAGUCCAACUCCUGGCUUCACGCAGGACCACCCAAAGCCCAAACCCUGUGUCUGGGGGCAUUGCCCAAACUCUCCUUGAGCCCCAGCAGCGCUGCCCUCUAAGGCACAGCCUUUAUCUCACCCCCACCUGACCUCUUCUGAUGCAGCUCUGUGCUGUUCCCUUGUGUUCUGUCACUGUCACCACGAAAUGAGGAAUGGCAGCUAUGAAGCUGGAGGGUCGUCUUGGGGGUAAUGUGCACAGUGGGAGGCUGGCUGGUUUGGAGAGGAGAGCAGCAUUACUCAGCCUGCGCUGUGGGCCAAAGGGAUUUUAUAGCAGCCUCUAUUGCCUGCACCUGGAGUUGGCAGGCUGUCAUUCACCUCUGGGUGCACAGGCUGUCUGUUCCCAACGCACGUCAAAGUGCUCAAAAUGCUGCUUUUCCCAGCGCCAAGAUUAGCUGCUGCCUUCUGCUAUAAAGGCUGCUGUGAGCGGAGUGAGGUGCACGAAUGCAUGCACCCAUGCCAGCCAUGCCCACAAAGGAGCUGCUGGUGCUGGCGCUGAUGCUGGUAGCCUUUGUUUCUGCCAGUGGGGCAGAGCUGGAAGAGGAGAACGGCCUGAGAAGGCCGAGGUGUGGAGAGAUGGCUGAGCUGCAGGCCUGCCCCCUGCUGCACUUGCCCAUCUGUGGGAGCGAUGGGAACACCUAUGCCAAUGAGUGCUUGCUCUGUGUGCAGAAAAUGAAAACCAGGCAAGAUAUCCGGAUUUUGAAUGACGGGGAGUGUCAAGAUAUCUGAGCCUCCUGGUGGCCUUCCUGAGCCCGCAAAUAGGUGAUUAAUUGGUGCUGUAUGCUCUGCGUGCAUCAGACAUUUCAAUCAGUGACAGUAAAUAAUAAAAUUGCAUACACAA